AUGGGAGAGGCAAACCAAUUUGCCAAGUUUGUGUUUAAUACCAGUUAUACUGGUGGUACCUCAGCUCACUUUAAUUCACCACAGCAGUUUAAUGGUUUUUCUCAAGAUCUUGGUGCUGGUCCUGGCAGUGUUAACACUAAUUCAUUUGGUCAGAUGUUUGGUCCUGGAAAUAGUUCUUAUGACCAUCAUACACAGCAACAUGGAAGCCACAAUCACCAGUCUCAACAGUAUCAGUCUGAUCAACAAAAGCAACUUUCUGACUCAACUCAACAGCCAGGCUUCAAGGUUCCCAAUCCACAAAUGCAACCCUCACAAAUGCAACCUCCAAACCAAGCACAAAUACAACCCUCACAAAUGAAACCUCCAAACCAAGCCUUCUUUGCUGCCCACUCAGCUACAUCCUUUCCAAACAAGAGCUCAUUUCAGCCUACUAUCAUCACUUCCAACUCACCACCUGAUCCAGCCUCGUAUAUGGACUCUGGUGCAACUGAUAAUGUUACAUCAGAUCCAAAUUAG